CUGUGGUCAAUCAUUAGAAUCGUGUUCCUGAGCCAUCACUGCGACUCAUGCACAUCAAUAAUGAUUCACGGCUAAUUGAUAACGGCUGGGCUGUAAAGGAGCCAGACGAAAAGGAAAGCGGAUCAAAUCCAACGAAACUUGGGCAAAGAAAUGAAAAGAAACGAUGAGGAAAAAAGCAAAACCAGGACUUGAUGAUUCCCCUCGAUGUCGGCGACGCGGUAGACAUUCCCAUCAUUGCUGCUGCUCCUCCUUGCUUUUCUUUCCUCUUUCUCGAGUUGUAUGUUCACAGAUGGGGAGUGUUUUUUCGUUUUGAUGCCACUCGAGCUGUGUAGCAAUGCGAGAAUAGCUGUAGCUUCGGUUGGUGCGUGUGCCUCGGUAGAUUCGUAUCAUGGCUGUUUCGCCGGAAUCGGGUCGCGAGAGGCCCGUCGAUUUCCGCGCCCCGCCGCCAUCCCCGGUGGCGUCGGGCCGGCGGUCGUGCGUCACGAAUGACGACGUCUUGACCGAGUUCUUGGAGAGCUCGCUCCGAGUCCCUGAUCUCGUCUUGCCCGACAAGAUCUUCCCGAAGCAGAAGUUCAUCGAGAACCCCUCGAGCGUCCAUUUCGACUCGUUGGGCGCCCCGGGGAGCGACUCCGCAUCGAGAAUGUUGGAUUCCAUCGCGAGGGUCGGGUGCUUUCAGCUGGUGAACCACGGGAUUGGAUGCGAAUUCUCGAAUAGUGCAAUGGCAGCCGCCGCCGGGAUCUUUCUGGUGCCGCCGGAGAAGAGAGCGGCAGCGAUGAGAUCGCCGGAGAAGCCUUACGGAUUCGAGGAAGUCCACGGCGGCGAGGAAGAUGAGAGCAGUGAGUUGGCUGAAGAGUUUAUGUGGUGUAGAGAGAAAGGGUUGGAGUCGGCGAUGAAAAGAAUAUGGCCAUUGGGUUAUUCACAUUUCAGUGAUAAAAUGGCGGAACUUCAAUCACAUGUUGAGAAGAUUGCAGAGAGGGUCAUGACAGUUCUCCGGGAGAAAUGUCUUGAUGAAUCUGCAAGCGGAAACAAUGGCCUGAAAGGCGAAGGAUGUGCCGGUGCCAGCAUUGGAACAGUGUGUUGCAUCCUUAAGCACAGCAAGAAUGUCCUGGACGACGAUCAGUGGGCGAGCUCUCUCAGGUACGACGUGAUCAGGAUGCUGAUUAGAGGAGCCGAUUACUCCCACGCCUUGUGCUUGCACAUGUGCGACGGCGCUUCGGAGUUUCACGUGUACUCCAAGAAAGGGUGGGUCUCGUUUUGCCCCGAUAAACACUCUCUGAUCAUCACAGUUGGUGAUCAAUUUCAGGCAUUGAGCGCCGGGCGGUACAAGCACGUGGUAGGGAGGCCGAUCGUCAAGAGCGAAACAGAAGACCGCAUCUCGAUGGCUUUCCUCUACUCGCCUCCCGCGCACGCCCCGGCUUCUAACGACGUAGAGUGCGGCGGAGGAAGAAACACGUUCUCCGUAGGCCAGCAAGUCAUGGUGGCCAUCGCUCUAAGCCUCGCAUACCAUCUUUUCGUUUACAUUCUCAACAAGUUUUGAUCAUCUUCGGUUUCUUCUUUCUUUCCUUCGAUCGUGGAUACAGCACGGGGAGGACCAUAUACGAAGCAAGAAGUUUUCGUUUUUCCUUGUGUGUGUGAAUCUGAAGGACAAGGUGUUCUUGAGUUUUCACAUGAUUGUUGACAAAUUUGUAUGACUUUUUGGAAAGUACAGAGUUAGGUGAAGUUUCAGUUUUU